AUGUCUUACAACGGUGGAUACACUAACUACAACUCUGGUUAUAACAACUACAACUCCAGAGACAACUACGGCUCCCGUGGCGGAGGCGGCGGUGGCCGUGGCUCCUGGGGUGGCCGUGGGGGAAGAUUCCAAAGAAGACCAGAUGAAAGAGAAGAACUCACAACGCCAGAGUGGGAUUUGGACUCGUUGCCGAAGUUCGAGAAGAAUUUCUACACUGAGCAUCCUGCUGUUGCUGCCCGUUCAGAUGCUGACGUUAUGGCGUUUAGAAAGGAAAACGACAUGACCAUUGAGGGUAAGGAUAUCCCUAAGCCUAUCACCUCGUUCGACGAGGCUGGAUUCCCUGAUUACGUACUUAGCGAGGUGAAGCAGCAAGGUUUUCCCAAGCCCACAGCUAUUCAGUGUCAGGGUUGGCCUAUGGCUUUGUCUGGUAGAGAUAUGGUUGGUAUCGCCGCCACCGGUUCCGGUAAGACCUUGUCCUAUUGUUUGCCUGCUAUCGUGCACAUCAACGCCCAGCCUCUUUUGAAGCCCGGUGAUGGCCCUGUCGUUUUGAUCUUGGCACCAACGAGAGAGUUGGCUGUGCAGAUUCAGCAGGAGUGCUCGAAGUUUGGUGCUUCUUCUAGGAUCAGAAACACCUGUAUUUACGGUGGUGCUCCUAAGGGUCAGCAAAUCAGAGACUUGGCUCGUGGUGUGGAAAUUUGCAUUGCCACCCCUGGUCGUUUGAUUGAUAUGUUGGAGACCAAGAAGACCAACUUGAGAAGAGUCACCUACUUGGUGUUGGACGAGGCCGACAGAAUGUUAGAUAUGGGUUUCGAGCCUCAGAUUAGAAAGAUUGUGGACCAAAUCAGACCUGACCGUCAAACCUUGAUGUGGUCCGCCACCUGGCCCAAGGAGGUCAAGAACUUGACCAGAGACUAUUUGGUUGAUCCUAUCCAGGUCACCAUUGGUUCUUUGGAGUUGGCUGCUUCUCACACUAUCACUCAGCUUGUGGAAGUUGUCACUGAGUUUGAAAAGAGGGACCGUUUGGUCAAGCACUUGGAGACCGCCACAACGGAUAAGGAGGCCAAGUGUCUUAUUUUCUCGUCCACCAAGAGAGCUUGUGACGAUAUCACAUCGUUCUUGAGAGAAGACGGCUGGCCUGCUUUGGCUAUUCACGGUGACAAAGACCAGCAUGAAAGAGACUGGGUUUUGCGUGAAUUCAGAAGCGGCAAGUCGCCUAUCAUGGUUGCCACCGAUGUGGCUGCCAGAGGUAUUGACGUUAAAGGUAUCACCUACGUGAUUAACUACGACAUGCCAGGCAACAUCGAGGACUACGUCCACCGUAUUGGAAGAACAGGCCGUGCUGGUACUUCCGGUACUGCCGUGUCUUUCUUCACCGACGCCAACUCCAAGUUGGGCGGUGACUUGUGCAAAAUCAUGAGAGAGGCCAACCAGACGAUCCCACCUGAAUUGCAGAGAUUCGACCGUCGCUCGUACGGAUCUCACAUCAGAUACGGCCGUGGAGGCUACGGUGGCCGUGGCCGUGGUCGUGGUCGUGGAGGCUACGGAGGAGGCCGUGGGGGUGGAUUCCGUCAGACGGGCUCCAACUCGCAGCCCUUGGCCAACCGUCGUUUCUAA